AUGCUUGGUCACACUUCGGUCUUGUCCAACCCUCAACUGCAGCAGCUCUACGGUGCACCUCCACGCAAAGUCUUUCUCACUGGGAGGGGCUCUGCCGUAGCAAGGCCAGCCCAGUCACCACCAGUACCAUCUGGACCUCCUUCUGGGGCGCGUGGUACGUGUAAGAUGAUGCUGGCGAAAUUGGAAAUGGGGGAGAUAGUCGAAAUCGCUAAGUCGCGAGGAAUACGUGUGACCAGUGUCGUGAUGAACGGCAGGGAAGUGAAACCCACAACGGCACAGCUACUGCGGGCUAUGUAUCGACUCGAGACGGUUUAUAUAGAAGAGAACUUCACAGCGCCCGACUGGGGGAAGAACGACGAGCAAAACCAAGCAGUAGAUCUAAGGGAAUGCAAAGUAGUCGACGUGCCUAGGAACCCAGACGAAGAGGAGGACGCCGGCAAUCCCUCUAGUCCUGGCCCCCUAGCCGCUUCAAAGUGCCUCACUAUCCUCGGACCAGUGAAUAGAGCUGGGUAUCCCUACUCUGGAGUGUUCCUGCAUACUAUUAGGCAACAUACAGGAGUCAAGCCACGAAGGGUAGAGUAUAGAUGUCGUAUCGGUGGGCGCAUGCACCAAGGUCAAGGAUGUUUGGCGCUACUAUCAGCCCUUCCACUCUCCCAACAGACUUCUCCCUAUCAAAACCAAUCAGCCCAGGCAACUGCCGUAUCACAGCUAAUACCGCGAGGAGGGUCAUUAUGUCCGGUCGCUUCUGCCUUCGUGAUCGGCUUUAUGGAGAACGGAAUCAGUGCAACGGGAUGUCCAGCUUGGGCAUAUGAACCGAGGAAAUGGUACCACAUUGCGGUCGAUUUUAAAUGGCCCUCACUGGAGAAAUGCUCUUGUCGCAAUAAACUCGAUCGAAUCCACGAUGCUGAUGUACCGUGUGAGCUCACCAAGUCCGACCUCCACGUGACCUUUUGGGUUAACGGAAAACUCGUGCGAAAGGAUGCUCGAGUGACUUGCGACUCUAGGCUACUACACAAUGGAUUCGUCGCGUGUUGUAUUUACAACAAUAGCGGCCAUAAGGCAGAUGUGUCAGCAGCUGCUGGGACGAGCAAUGCUGUUGUUGUUCCCAGAGCGUGGUGGAGUGAUGUCCGCAAAGGUGAGUAUCUGAAAUCUAGUGAACGACAACUCCUGAGUGAAACGAUGAUGCAACACCUCCUCAGCCUCUUCAGGGAAUAUAUCGUCAAGCAUUAG